AUGGCGGCACCUUCUCCAUUUCACAUUGCUAUAUACUCUUGUAUGAGUUACUUCCUUAUUCUCACUCUUUCUGUCCUUAUUUUCUCUCUCUACAUAUUCUUCAAGAAAAUUGAUGAAAAUCCACGAGGAAAACCCAUAAAAAUCCAAUCUUUACCGGUAGAUAAUACUGAUAAUUAUGACAGAAAUAGAACCCAGCAACAGAAACAAGAAAAUCCUCAUGAAUCUGACACGUGCAUAAAUGAAGAUCCGAAUAAUAAAAACGGGUCGGACCAGGAGGAGAAGAAGAGGAAGAAGAAGAAGCGGGUCAAGAAGAAGAGACCCGAUUCAAAUUGUGGAGAGAAACAGGAGGAGGAAGAAUUCGUAUGCCUGUACCCAUUAACGAAAUCUUCAAGUGCAAUUCAGAGGAAAAUUAAGCUGCAGUAUGAUCAACUUGUCAAAUCCCAUGAGUCCAAAGGCUUGACUCUGGCUCAGGUGGGCAAAUUCGUCAAUUGCCUGGUUGAGGCGAGAAACGAGCUGCAGAACAAAUCCGAGGUAAUCAAAAGGAAGUUCAUAAUAACCAAGGCCAUAUUAUUUAAAGCAGACAGGUCUUCAGUUAACCGCCUGCAUGAACAGAUAAACAAGCUAGAAGUAGAACAUAAAAGACUAGAAGAUGAUGCUUUUGUAUAUAAUUUGCUCCAACAACAACUUAAGCUCUCUCCAGCAUACGAGAAGAUGCUGGAACUUGGUGCUUGCAUGGAGGAGACGAAAGCCAAAUCUAUCGACCUAGUGGAAAGUACAGAUGCUGACUUCUCUGAUAUAUCAUUCGAAGAGUUUCUGGAACAGGAAAAGAAGGAUUUGUUUUGGCAGAGAAAUGGGAGAUAUAAACCGUGCUCAGGAUGA